AUGUCAAAUAAAACAUCUAAAACAUCGGCUGAUGGUAGACCAUCCCCAAGACCAGUCCACUAUGUUGAAAGGCAGAAUGAUAUAAUCAGUCUUCAAGCCAUGCAGAUUAAAGACCUGCAGGAGACAGUUCCUGUACAGAAGCAAAGCAUUUAUGACCUGACUGAAAAAGUUGACGCCCAGGACAAUGACAAGAGGAAAAGUGAUUUGAAAGAUCUGAAAGUGAAAGUACGUAGCCAUGAACUAGCGUUGGAACGUUGUAUGAAAAUGGUCAAAACAGCGUCUGCCGAGCAACAUAAAGACAAGACAGAAGGUACAAAGAAACGGUUUGUAUUGGACACCAUAGAGACAGUUGCUUUUGAGGCUACUAUUUUGGGCGCAACAAAAUUGCCACAUUCACACGCGGAUAACAGGGUCGUCUUCGAGACAGUUUCUUUGAAUGUUGGCAGCAGUUACCACGCCGGAAACGGUACAUUCAUUGCACCUAUUUCUGGCAUCUACAUCUUCUCUACGUCUCUGAUGAUGAAAUCGAAUACAAAUGAUCCUGAAAUGCAUAUUGUUAUAGAGAAACACGGCGUGGAAGUUGCAGGUGCAUACGCUGUGUAUAAAGGCUAUUACGAACACAGCUCCGUGACGGCUGCGAUGGAACUUCAAUCCGUUGAUACAGUUUUCGUCAGUGUAGAAAGACAUGAUGAUAUAAGCUUCUACGGCGUUAACCUGAUAAGUUUCAUGGGUUUUCUUCUUUAUCCUUUCUGA